AUGGCGAUUGAGACAGUUCUUCUCACGGGCGGCACCGGGAGCAUUGGUGCGUGGGUGCUCGAACAACUGCUGAGCCAGGGCCACAAAGUUAUUGCCGUGAUUCGAUCUCUGGCGAAAUUUAAGAAGCACUUUGACGAGAAGUACGCCACUUACCUCAUCAAUGGAUCGCUCGAGCUUGUCGAAGUGCCCGACUUGGCAGUACCUGGUGUCUUUGACGAGCCCGCAUCCAGGGCUGAUGCGGUCAUUCACGUUGCAACACCCCUGACGACCUCUGAUUUCGAGAAUACAAUGAUCAGAGCGACAUGGCUGAUUGAUGAAAACAUUCUUAACGCGGCCAAGCAAUCACCGAAAGUCAAGCGCGUUGUCAUAUCGGGCUCUGUCGUGUCGGUAGUAAAACUUCCAGAAGGGUUGUUCCAGGACGUGGUAGCGACCGAAGAGGAUUGGAAUCCCAUAACACACAAGGAGGGCUUGGUGGACUUACCUAACGCUUAUUCCUACUCCAAGACCAGCGCAGAGAAGCAGGCGUGGGCGUGGAUGAACAAAGAAAAGCCCAAAUUUGACCUGGUCGUUCUCCUGAUACCGUCUGUUAUCGGCAAGAGCAUCAAUCCUGGCUUCAAACCAAACAAAGCGUCACUUGGUGGCAUGUCCAAUGCGUACAGCUGUUUCAUCGACACCCCCCAGCUGAGUUAUGUAUUCAACCCUUGGAUGGACGUCCAAGAUGUGGCUGCCUUGCAUGUCCGGUCCGCAACGGACAUCAACAACGUCCCUGGUAACGAGCGAUACUUGAUAAAGGGCCCAGGUGUUCUAGACAUGAACGAGUUGGCAAACAAGAUAAGGGAGGAGUUUCCUGAGCUGCGAGGUCGGGUGCCAGCACCAACCAAACAAGGCGAGGGCAAUCUUGCACCUCUUACCACAUUCGACACCAGCAAGGCCCAACGGGUUUUUGGUACCGAGUCGCAAUUCCGCGACGGCUGGUCAUCGAUGAAGGACACUAUUGCAGAUAUUGCCCGGCUGGUGCCCAGCCCGCCCACAGCCUCAACGUAA